AGCGCACGUGUUUAAAAGUAUCACCAUGAAAGUGAAGAGGCGAAACAAAUUGCUCAAAUAUUUGGAUUUCUACAAGCUAAAUUAUGGCUUCAGACAGCCUUAUCAAGUUCUUGUGGAUGCUACUUUCUGCCACCAUGCACUCAGUAAGAAAAUCAAAAUAAAUGAUCAAAUCAAGAAUUACCUGGGCGCCGAAGUGAAGUUCAUCACCACUAGAUGCUGCAUUAUGGAGACUGAGAGCUUGGGAGCCACAUUCUCCAAGACAACCUUUGUCUUAAAGUCUUUCGCUGUCCACAAGUGCAAUCAUGAUAGUGAGAAGAUUUCCGGAUCAGCUUGCAUCAAGUCUUUGGCGCCCCAAAGUCACUACAUCGUAGCCACUCAAGACAAGAGCUUGCAAAAGUGGUGCAGGAGACGUCCGGGACAACCUCUGUUAUAUUUCCAUGGUGUGACACCUGUUUUUGAGGCGCCGUCGGACACUACAAAAGCCUCCAUAAACGAACAACUUGAAAGGCAACUCAACGACCUAGGAACUCUGAAAGUAGAACCCAAGGAAGUCCAGAAAAUCAAAAAGAAGAGGAAAAAGAAUCCAAAUCCUCUGUCCUGUUUGAAAAAGAAGAAAAAGCCUAAUCAGGAACAGUUAAUCAACACUGAAAACAACAAUAAACGGAAGAGAAUUAAAAUACCGCAGCACGUCAAGGAACAUCUCAGAAAGACAUCCUAAAAUUAAUGUGCGAAAUAUUUAUUUG